AUUUCAAGGUGUACAGGCGCAGACACAUUUACCCUGGUAGAUGGCAGUACGGUACAGUGUACUGUUCUCCUGCUAGCAACAGGUUAUGAACAUAAGUUUCCUUAUCUUGCUCCAGAAUGCGGGGUUACAGUCAAAAAUCGUCAGAUCAGUCCACUGUACAAGCACUGUAUAAACAUUGAACAUAACAGUUUAGCAUUGAUAGGAAUGUUAGUGCAUUUUACCACAUUCCCUACGGUGGACUGUCAGAUCAGAUUCUUUUUAGAACAUUUAGUUCGAGGUCUUCAACUACCAUCUAAGAAGGAAAUGUAUUCUGAUACUGCACUGGAAAGGAAGAGAAGGAUAGCUGAGGGAAUGAGGGAUCAGGAUUUUCAUAAACUUGGAGAUGAUUUAUGGCCGUAUCUUGAAUAUCUGAGCAGUACAGCAGGCUUCAAACCAGUUCCACCUGUUGUACAGAAAAUGGUCCAGUACACUGAUGUUCAACGAGUAGUCAAUCUACAGGGUUACAAGAAACACACUUAUAAAGUUACAGAUUCUCAUUCUUUUGAAACUAUUUAGAAAUUAAAAUUUGUGCGUUAAAUAAUAUCGUUAUAAAUACUUUAAUUAGGAAAAAAUAAAAUA